UUCCCACAACAGAUUUCGUAACUGACAAAACUCUCUCAUAUGCGCAAAGAUUCACAGAUUCACUUUCAGUCUCUGCCGUAGGCAAAAAAAAGAAAGAAAAAAAAAAACCUCUCCGCCGCAAAAAAAGCACAAAACAAAACAAUGGUGCAGUGCAGCAACAACCUUCUGGGAAUCCUAAACUUCUUCACCUUCCUCCUCUCGAUCCCCAUCCUCUCCGCCGGGAUCUGGCUCGGCAAAAAUGCAGCCACCGAGUGCGAGCGUUUCCUCGACAAACCCAUCGUCGUCAUCGGAAUCUUCCUCAUGUUCGUCUCCAUCGCCGGCCUCGUCGGCGCCUGCUGCCGCGUCUCUUGUCUCCUCUGGCUCUACCUCUGCGCCAUGUUCCUCCUCAUACUCCUCGGGUUCUGCUUCACCAUCUUCGCCUUCGCCGUCACCAACCGCGGCGCCGGCGAGGUUUUGUCCGAUAGAGGGUACAAGGAGUACCGCGUCGGAGAUUACUCCAACUGGCUGCAGAAACGAGUCGGCGAUGCCAAGAAUUGGGAUCGGAUCAAGAGCUGCUUGGUCUACUCCAACGUGUGCUCCACUUACAGUAGUCGUUACGCUAGUGUCAGCGUUGAUGAGUUCUACAAGACUAAUCUCAAUGCCCUUCAGUCUGGUUGCUGUAAGCCGUCGAAUGAUUGUAACUUCACCUACGUGGGUCCGACUAAUUGGACAAAGACCACUGGUCCUUACACAAACGAGGACUGUAACGUUUGGGACAACAAGCCGGGAACUUUAUGCUACAACUGCCAAGCGUGCAAGGCUGGUCUGCUCGACAAUCUCAAGAACUCGUGGAAAAAAGUGGCUAAGGUGAACAUUGUCUUCCUCGUAUUCCUCAUCAUCGUCUACUCCGUUGGUUGUUGCGCCUUCAGGAACAACCGGAAACGCAGCUAUUAUUAGAGAUCCAAGACCAAAAAAGAUAUCUUUACACUUGAGUGAUCGGUAAAAAUGCAACUUGUCUUGUGAGCGAGGUUGCAUUUUUAAUGUAUUUUUUCUCUUUUAAAAUAUGCAACAUAAUGAUUAAAUGAGUUAUUAUUACAAGAACA